GCACACACCCUCUCCCAGUCGCCCCGUCUCGGCCGGUUCUCGCGAGAUCCGGGCAACUGAGCGCUCGGGGCCUUUUCAAAUCGGGAUCCGUUACCGCUUCCCCAGCAGCCGCCAUUGUUGCGCUCGGAGCCCCUCAGCGCAGGCGGCCGCGGCGGAGGCAGAGGCGGCACGAUGGCGGACGCCGACAAGCCGGAGGUGCCCGGGGCCACUGGCGACGACAGCCCGCAUCAGCACCCCGCGGAGCCGCCGGGCGAGCCGCGGCGAGAACCGCACCCCCCGGAGGCGGAGAAGCAGCCGCAGCACAGCAGCAGCUCCAAUGGCGUUAAAAUGGAGAAUGAUGAAUCAGCAAAAGAAGAGAAAUCUGACUUAAAAGAAAAGUCUACAGGAAAUAAGAAGGCCAAUAGAUUUCAUCCUUAUUCAAAAGACAAGAAUUCGGGCACUGGAGAAAAGAAGGGUCCAAAUCGUAACAGAGUUUUUAUUAGCAACAUCCCAUAUGACAUGAAAUGGCAAGCUAUUAAAGAUCUAAUGAGAGAAAAAGUUGGUGAGGUUACAUACGUGGAGCUCUUUAAGGAUGCGGAAGGAAAAUCAAGGGGUUGUGGUGUGGUUGAAUUCAAAGAUGAAGAAUUUGUAAAGAAAGCACUAGAAACUAUGAACAAAUAUGAUCUUAGUGGAAGACCACUGAAUAUUAAAGAGGAUCCUGAUGGAGAAAAUGCUCGUAGGGCAUUGCAACGAACAGGAGGAUCAUUUCCAGGAGGACACGUCCCUGAUAUGGGAUCAGGGUUGAUGAAUUUACCACCUUCGAUUCUCAAUAAUCCAAACAUUCCUUCUGAAGUUAUCAGUAAUUUGCAAGCUGGUAGACUUGGUUCCACAAUUUUUGUUGCUAAUCUUGACUUCAAAGUUGGUUGGAAGAAGCUAAAGGAAGUGUUCAGCAUAGCUGGAACUGUAAAGCGGGCAGAUAUUAAAGAAGACAAAGAUGGCAAGAGCAGAGGAAUGGGCACUGUCACUUUUGAGCAAGCAAUUGAAGCAGUUCAAGCAAUUUCUAUGUUCAAUGGGCAGUUUUUAUUUGAUAGACCUAUGCAUGUAAAAAUGGAUGACAAGUCUGUUCCUCAUGAAGAGUACCGUUCACAUGAUAGUAAAACACCACAGUUACCGCGCGGUCUAGGAGGUAUUGGAAUGGGACUUGGUCCGGGUGGACAGCCUAUUAGUGCCAGCCAAUUGAACAUAGGUGGUGUAAUGGGAAAUUUAGGUCCAAGUGGUAUGGGAAUGGAUGGUCCAGGUUUUGGAGGAAUGAAUAGAAUUGGAGGAGGAAUUGGGUUUGGUGGCCUGGAAGCAAUGAAUAGCAUGGGAGGAUUUGGAGGAGUUGGCCGAAUGGGAGAGCUAUACCGUGGUGCGAUGACUAGUAGCAUGGAGCGAGAUUUUGGACGUGGUGAUAUUGGAAUAAAUCGAGGCUUUGGAGAUUCCUUUGGUAGACUUGGUAGUGCAAUGAUUGGAGGGUUUGCAGGAAGAAUAGGAGCUUCUAACAUGGGUCCAGUAGGAUCUGGAAUAAGUGGUGGAAUGGGUGGCAUGAACAGUGUGACUGGAGGAAUGGGGAUGGGACUGGACCGGAUGAGUUCCAGCUUUGAUAGAAUGGGACCGGGUAUAGGCGCCAUCCUGGAAAGGAGCAUCGAUAUGGAUCGAGGAUUUUUAUCAGGCCCAAUGGGAAGCGGAAUGAGAGACAGAUUAGGCUCCAAAGGCAACCAGAUAUUUGUCAGAAAUCUGCCUUUUGACUUGACUUGGCAGAAACUAAAAGAGAAAUUCAGUCAGUGUGGUCAUGUAAUGUUUGCAGAAAUAAAAAUGGAGAAUGGAAAGUCAAAAGGUUGUGGAACAGUCAGAUUUGACUCCCCAGAAUCAGCUGAAAAAGCCUGCAGAAUAAUGAAUGGCAUAAAAAUUAGUGGCAGAGAAAUUGAUGUUCGCUUGGAUCGUAAUGCAUAAUUUCAGACCACGGAGCUGAUCCGUUUAUAAAUGCAGUUUUAAUAAACCAUGGAACACCAAGGCAUAACAUGUCAAACACAUUGGAUCCCACGAUGUUAGACAUAGCCAUGUCUCCUUUCCCUACAAAAGAAAACAUGUCAUUAAAAUGUGCAUACAAACUGUAUUCUAUUAACAAUCUUCAAGGAAAAAACACUGGAUAAGCUUUUUGUUGUUGGUUGGCUUUGAAAAAUUGUUAUUAGAGCAGAAGUCUUAUUGAAUUUGUAUUUAAAAAUUUUUCUUGGUUUAGUAUUUAAAGUUUUAACAUUUAUUUAAUAAUAAUUAUCUUUAUUUAUUAAACCAUUUUUUUCAAGGAGGUAUGUAGCUUACUUGUUGCUUUUCAUUCUGAUAUAACAUGGUUACAAAGUAAUGCACAUUUCAGGUGAAUAUUAUUUGGGAGAUUAGAUUGAGUGAAAUUCAUCUGCUAUUAAGUAGUAAACUCUUCCUUUUGAGUCACUUUUUUUCCCCUUCAAAAUAUGUUACUGAGGAAGUAAAUAUUUUUAAAGUUACUUUUACUCAGUAUAUUUCAGCCAGGCUUGAAGAUUGGGCAUUACAGAUGGAGGGACCUAAUUCUUACCUUUUCUUGCAACCAACACACUUGCAAUUGUGUCUGGUAUGCUUGUUCCUGCUGCUAAUAAAGUAAGGCCCAUUACUGUAUCUGGAAUUUCUAGUGUUUCUCCUGUAAUAAACAUAGGUAUUACAAAUUACAAAUCUUACAGAUUCACUAACCAUUCUUUGCAGAUAUUUCCCUGAACAAAAAUAAAAUAGGCACAUUUAGACUUCAGAACCAAUAUGUGCUUACUUCGUUUUUAGCUAGCAGAAUAUUUGAAUCAGGUUGGUAAUUUGGGCAACCCAGGUACACAGAUUUUUAAUGAUAGAUAUCUAAAGAUUUUUAAUAGCCAAAAUUCUACCAAUGCGAAAUUCCCCUAUUUGGCAUUCUUAAAGGUUGUUGAUGUCUACUUUAUCUCAUCAGGGCUGUUGCUUAAUAUAUGCGAAUGAGACUGAUCAUUUCCUCUCUUAAAAAAUUAUCCUUAAGCUACAAAUGUGUUAGCAUGUAUCUAUACAUUUUUAAAUUUCUGCUUCAGUGAUAGACCUUAAUUUAGUGUUUUCUUUGGGAAAGUCCAUAAAUCUCUGAGGAGUGCAAAACCUAUUUGUUUUCUUCUUGAGUCUUUCUAACAUGGUCCCAAUUUAUUAAUACUUCUGUUAAAUUGGAUGUCAGUUCAACAUUUUUCAGAAAUGUAUUUGUUCUGGGAAACAGAACCAGAGGGAAGUUUUAAAAAAAGUUUGUGUAACUUUUUUUUUAAUGUUGUAAUUGAAAACUUGGUUUAGGAUUAUUGUUUCUUUUUUAUUUCCUUUUUUUCUUAAAAUGCCAAUUAAAAUAACUUAAUUAGAAAGUAGCUUAUUUAUUGCAUGCUUAUAUAUUGAUACUGAAAUUGGAAUUGGUUGUUAAUUUUUGUUACUGGCUUUGCUAGAGUUCAUAUGUACAUAAAUAACACUAAUGUUUAUCAUCUUGGGUCUGUUCUGUGAUCUGUUACUUGAUUUUGCUUUCUUUUUAUUUUCCUAAUACCAAAUGUGUUCUGGCUGAGUAAAUUUGGAUAGAUAUAAUAUGCAACCUAAUUGGACUUAGGUUUCAUCUUUCUCAUUAAACAAAAGAAGAAGAAGUAGUUUGCUUUUUGCUAGCUUAGUAUUCCAAAACUUACAUUAAUCUGAGAAAAGUCAGGAGUUAGGAAAUAUUUUUGUGUGAAGGACUAGAUAGUAAUUAUUUAGGCUUUGCAAGCUGUAUGAUCUCUGUUGCAGUUUUUCAACUCUGCCAGUAUAGUAUGAAGGCAGUCAUAGACAAUAUGUAAAUGAAUGGGACUGUGUUCAGUACAACUUUACUAAUAAAAACAAGUGAUUUUGGUA